AUGGCAGUAAACGGCAACAACACCUUCCUGGACCACACCUCCGCCAUGGAGGUCCUCAAGGAGUACGAGCGUCGUGAUGGCCUCGACAUCCGCGAGCUUAUGGACUCCAAGACCCAGGGUGGCCUCACCUACAAUGAUUUCCUGCUCCUUCCGGGUUACAUUGGCUUCCCUGCCUCGGCCGUCACCCUCGAUUCGCCCAUCACCAAGCGCAUCACCCUCAAGGUCCCCUUGGUCUCCUCUCCCAUGGAUACCGUCACCGAGCACGAGAUGGCCAUCCACAUGGCUCUCCAGGGCGGUGUCGGUGUCAUCCACCACAACUGCUCUCCCGAUGAGCAGGCCGAGAUGGUCCGCAAGGUCAAGCGCUACGAGAACGGCUUCAUUCUCGACCCCGUAGUCAUCACCCGCGACACCACUGUCGGCGAGGCCAAGGCCUUGAAGGAGAAGUGGGGUUUCGGUGGUUUCCCUGUCACAGAAUCCGGCGACAUUGGCUCCAAGCUCAUUGGCAUUGUCACCAACCGCGACAUCCAGUUCGAGACUGACCUUGACAAGCCCGUUUCGGAGGUCAUGGUUACGGACCUGAUCACCGCUACCGCUGGUGUCAAUCUUCUCGAGGCCAAUAAGAUCCUUGCCCAGUCCAAGAAGGGCAAGCUCCCCAUCGUUGAUAAGGAUGGCAACCUUGUCUCCAUGAUCUCCCGCUCCGAUCUUACCAAGAACCUUCACUUCCCCCUUGCCUCCAAGAGCAAGGAUUCCAAGCAGCUCAUCUGCGCCGCUGCUAUCGGCACCCGUCCCGAGGACAAGGACCGCCUUGCCAAGCUCGUCGAGGCUGGCCUCGACAUUGUCAUCCUUGACAGCUCUCAGGGUAACUCCAUGUACCAGAUCGAGAUGAUCAAGUGGAUCAAGCAGCAGUUCCCUGACCUCGAUGUCAUCGGCGGUAACGUUGUUACCCGCGAGCAAGCUGCUGCUUUGAUCGCUGCUGGUGUUGACGGUCUCCGCAUCGGUAUGGGCAGUGGUUCCGCCUGCAUUACCCAGGAGGUCAUGGCUGUUGGCCGUCCUCAGGCUACCGCUGUCUACAACGUUUCCUCUUUCGCCGCUCGCUUCGGUGUUCCCUGCAUUGCCGAUGGCGGUAUCCAGAACGUUGGCCACAUUGUCAAGGGUCUCGGUCUCGGUGCCUCCACCGUCAUGAUGGGUGGUCUCCUUGCCGGCACCACCGAGUCUCCCGGUACCUCUUUCGUCUCCCGUGAGGGUAAGCUCGUCAAGGCCUACCGUGGCAUGGGUUCCAUCGAUGCCAUGCAGGACAAGAAGGCCGGUGGUGGUGGCAAGGACGCCCAGAAGAGCAACGCUGGUACCGCUCGUUACUUCUCUGAGGGUGACAGCAUCCUCGUUGCCCAGGGUGUCUCUGGCGCUGUCGCUCACAGAGGAUCCAUCAACAAGUUCGUCCCCUAUCUUGCCGCUGGGUUGAAACACUCUCUGCAGGAUUGCGGCAUGACCUCUCUCCAGGAGCUCCACGAGUGUGUCGAGAACGGCACUGUUCGUUUCGAGAUCCGUACUGCUAGCGCCCAGCUGGAAGGCGGCGUUAACAUGGAGUCUUACGAGAAGAAGCUUUACGCUUAA